AUGGACGAUCCCGAAUUGGCCAGAAUACGUGCUCAACGAAUGGCCACGCUCCAAGCGAAGGCCGGCGGCGGUGGUGGUGGUCGUGGUGGCGGCGGCUCAGAAAGGGAUGGUGAAGAAGCCGAACGCCGCCAACAAGAGCAAGAAAUGGCCAAGAAUUCAAUUUUAUCGCAAGCUCUCGAUCAGGCUGCACGCGCGCGGUUGAACACACUUGCUCUGGCCAAACCCGAGAAAGGGCAGAUGAUCGAAAAUCUAAUUCUUCGGAUGGCUACAUCUGGUCAGCUUAGGGGCAAAAUGUCCGAGCAGGAGCUAAUCGGGCUUUUGGAACAAGUGAGCGAGAAAUCCAAAGUCACAACUACAGUGAAGUUUGAUCACCACUGGGGCAAAAUGUCCGAGCAGGAGCUAAUCGGGCUUUUGGAACAAGUGAGCAAGAAAUCCAAAGUCACAACUACAGCGAAGUUUGAUCGGCGUCGAGCUGCUCUUGAUUCUGACGAUGAUGAUUUUUGA